CCUAGGACCCAGGAGUUCCUAUGGAUCUACCAGAUUUCCCCGCCUACGCACAGGCACCCUUGGCCUGUAACGCCUUCUCCGCCCACUGGGGGGCGGGGCUUGAGAGGGCCGGUGGCUGUUCUGAAGCCUCGAGGGCCAUCAGUUCCUACCGGAGCCGCUGCGGGUGCCAUUCCACCCAUGGCCGGACACAGGCCCUCAAACCACUUCUGCCCCCUUCCAGGCAGUGGUGGGGGCGGCCCCAGAGGGCCGAUGCCCCUGCGGGUUGACACUCUGACCUGGUUGAGCACCCAGGCGGCCCCUGGCAGGGUGAUGGUCUGGCUGGCAGUCAGGCCAGGGGUCUGCCCAGGCCCUGAGGUGUGGAGGAUUCCCCUGGGUACCCUGCCACACGAAUUCCGGGGCUGGAUAGCACCCUGCAGGCCCUGUCUUGGAGCUAGUGAGGCAGGGGACUGGUUGCGACGCCCCUCCGAAGGCGCCCUCCCCGGGCCCUACAUUGCCCUGCGGAGCAUCCCGAAGUUGCCGCUGCCAGAGGACAUCUCAGACAUACUGAAAGAGUUGCAGCAACUGGCCAAGGAGCUGAGGCGGAAGAGGUUGAGCCUAGGGUACUCGCAGGCUGAUGUGGGGAUCGCUGUGGGAGCUCUAUUUGGGAAGGUGCUUAGCCAGACGACCAUCUGCCGCUUCGAGGCCCAGCAGCUAAGCCUCGCCAACAUGUGGAAGCUGCGACCACUGCUGAAAAAGUGGCUGGAGGAAGUGGAAGCAGAGAACCUUCUUGGCUUAUGCAAAAUGGAGAUGAUCCUGCAACAGUCUCGGAAGUGGAGACGGGCAAGCAGGGAGCGACGAAUCGGAAACAGCCUGGAGAAAUUCUUCCAGCGGUGCCCUAAGCCCACAACUCAGCAAAUCAGCCACAUUGCUGGGUGCCUCCAGCUGCAGAAGGAUGUGGUUCGAGUUUGGUUCUAUAACCGCAGCAAGAUGGGCAGUCGAUCAACCAAUGAUGCUUCCCCACGGGAGAUUGUGGGGACAGCCGGGCCUCCUUGCCCAGGGGCACCAGUGUGCUUUCACCUGGGACUGUGGCUCCCAGUGGAUAUCCCCCACUAUACACGUCUCUACUCUGCAGGGGUAGCCCACUCCUCUGCCCCAGCCACCACUCUGGGCCUCCUCAGACUUUAGGGCUGAGGGACUUGCCCUUCGCGGCACGGUUGGAGAGGGAAGAAGAAGGGAAAACCCAGGAAAUGUCUCUGGGGUUCAUUUGAAGGCUUUUAGCAUUAAUUUCUCAUUCACUGUCUAAAGAAGUUAAGGAUACAUAGUAGGGAAUGGGGGUGGGAAUUGUUCAAGAAAAAUCUGGGAGAGAAGAUUAAGUUUAUUGCAGUUUUGUGUUUUCCCUUUGUUUUUCCCUAGCAUUGGUUUAAAGGUACAUUACAGUAUAUAGAUGGUUUCGA